AGUUCCCAUUCUUCCAUCUUUCUCUGCAAUUCCUCUAGUUUCUUUUCUACCAAACAAAACCCUGCUUGUCAUGUAUGGCUUCUACUUCAUCUUUAGCCUUCUCCUCUAAAACUACCUACGAUGUUUUCCUUAGUUUUAGAGGUAUUGAUACUCGUCCAACUUUUACUAGUCAUCUUUAUUCUGCUUUAUGUCGGAAAAGUAUCCCAACAUUCAUAGACGAUGAUCUUGAGAGAGGAGAACGGAUCUCGCCAGCGCUUUUGAAGGCGAUUGAAGAAUCCAUGAUUUCAGUAGUAAUUUUCUCAGAAAAUUAUGCAUCCUCUCGGUGGUGCCUAGAUGAACUGGUGAAGAUCAUUGACUGCCAGAAAGAAAUGGGGCGAAAGAUUUUACCCAUUUUCUAUCAUGUAGAUCCUUCUGAUGUUAGAAAACAGACUGGGAAAUUUGGAGAAGCAUUUGGAAAAGUUAAAGAAAAAUUUAAGCAAAGCUUAGACAUUGUGGAGAAGUGGAGCACUGCUUUGACGGAAGUAGCCAAUCUGUCUGGAUGGGAUUCCAGCAUCUACAGGCAUGAAUCGGAAUUAAUUGACAAAGUUGUCAAACAUAUCAUGAAGAAACUAUAUCCCGUCUCCUUUAGUGCUUGUGAUGAUUUAGUUGGGAUUGAUGCUCACCUCAACGAAAUUCUAUCAUUCCUAUGUAUUGAGAUGGCAGAUGUUCGUUUUAUUGGAAUUUGGGGAAUAGGCGGCAUAGGAAAGACAACCAUUGCUGAAGCGCUUUUCGGUCAAAUCUCUGAUGAAUUUGAUGCUUGUUACUUUCUAAACAACGUUAGGGAAAGUACAGAAAAGCAUGGAUUACUGCAUUUACGACAAAAUCUUUUUUCCAAACUUGUAGGGGAUGAACAUUUGAGUAUACAAACGCCCCGUGUACUUCCCACUAUUGUUUUGGAUAUAUUGAGAAGAAAGAAGGUUUUCAUUGUUCUUGAUGAUGUCAACGAUUCAAAGCAAUUAAAGGCUUUGGCUGGAGAUCAUGGUUGGUUUGGUUCAGGAAGUAGAGUCAUAAUAACAAGCAGAGACAAACAAGUUCUUAGCAGUGUUGACAAAAUCUAUGAGGUUAAGGGAUUGGAUUGUAGUGAUGCUUUUCAGUUGUUAAGUAUGAAAGCCUUCAAACAAAAGGAUCCUCCGAUGGAAUAUAUAGAGUUGUCCAAAAGCGUACAAGCUUAUUGUAAAGGUGUUCCAUUAGCUCUCGAAGUUUUGGGUUCCCAUUUGUGCAAUAAGACUCCUGAAGAAUGGGAAAUUGAAUUGAAUAAACUGAAGAGAUAUCCUGACAGCGAUAUUAUGGAAGUCUUAGAAGUAAGUUAUAAUGAUUUAGAUGAAAUGGAGAAGAAAAUAUUUUUAUAUAUUGCUUGUUUCUUCAAUGGAUAUGGCAAAAGCUAUGUAGAAGAUAUACUAAAUGGUUGUGAUUUUCCUACACGUUGGGGAAUAAUUCGUCUAGUGGAUAAGUGUCUUGUAACUGUUGUGAAUAACCUGUUAAAGAUGCACGAUCUGAUAGUGGAAAUGGGUCAAGAUAUUGCUCGGCGGAAGGGUAUCAUAUUAUGCAAUUCUAAUGACGUCUGUGAUAUGUUGACCUCAACUAAUAAUAAGGCAAAUGAAGCAGUUGAAGGCCUACUUUUGAACCUGUCUGAAAUUAGAAGGGUACAUUUGAAUGAUUCAGUCUUCUCACGAAUGCCCAACUUGAGAUUGCUAAAAUUUUACAGGGAUUGCUCAAAUUUUACUGAAUCAAGAUUUCAAUCAAAUUAUCUAAAAUGUCUUCCUAACAAGUUGAGUUUACUUCAUUGGGAAAAAUACCCUUUCAAGUCUUUGCCAUUAAAUUUUUCCAUGGAAAACCUUGUCCACCUCAUCAUGCCAUGUAGCGAAGUUGAAGAGCUCUGGAAUGGAUCUACGUGUUUGUCAAAGUUAAAAUCUCUUGAUCUUAGUCGCUCAAAGCAUCUGAAAAUAGUACCUGAUUUUUCUAUGAUGACAAGCCUGGAAGAGAUAAAGUUUGGUGGUUGUGAGAGUUUGAUUGAGAUUCCAUCAUCCAUUCAGUGCCUGAAAAGACUCGAUUCUCUUUAUCUAACUGCUUGCAAAAAGUUGAGAAGUCUUCCACAAAUGCCGAGAGGCAUAGAAUAUUUAGGUCUCGAUUAUUCUGGAGUGGAAGAGUGGUCUCCGUCAUCUAUCCAAUUUCUUGACAAUCUUUUGCUCUUAGAUAUUUCCCAUUGCGAAAACCUUAGAAGUCUUCCAAGAAUUAUAUAUUGCAAUACUUUUAUAAGACUUAAUAUCAGUUUCUGCCCAAAUCUCAUCAUGUCUCCGCAGAUUAUGGAAAGUUCAGAAGUAUUGCUCUCAUCAAAUUAUGUUAAGUUAGAUUUGAGUGAAUGUAAAACGCUCAACAGUCUCCCAAAUAGCACUUGCAAAUUGAAACGCCUUGAGAUUCUGAAUCUCAAUGGCUGUUCAUAUCUUGAGAAAUUGCCUCCUUUAUAUGGUUUAUGCUCUUUAAAGGAGUUACUUCUGGAUGGCACUGCACUUGUAGAAAUUCCCCCUGACACUGCCUCUUUGUCAUCAUUAAGACGACUGAGUUUAAAGAACUGCAACAGACUCCAAAAGUCAGUAUCAACUUCAUAUAUUGCACCAAUAAAAUAUCGUGAAGAACGCAGGGAAUGUGGUUAUGAAUUGAAUUUUUGUAAUUGCCUAAAUUUGGACCAAAAUGCACGUGGCACCAUUAUGGCAGAUGCUCUCCGGAGAAUUAAAGAAUUAGCCAUUGCUAGAUGUGAUGGAGCAUUUUAUCCUUAUUUUCAUGUUGGUUUACCCGGAGGCAAAAUUCCUGAGUGGUUGAGCUGUGAAGGCCCGGGAAAUUCAAUAGCAACUUUGUUCCCUCCUGGUUGCUUCAAUAAUAUGUUCUUGGGCUUUGUUUUUUGUGCUAUUAUAGAAUUCAAGGAUCCUGAUUUUUGGGUGCAUGGUUUACGCUUAAUAUGUCAAAGCAGUUUCGAAAACAAUAAUGACUACAGAGAGGCCAGUUUUACAACUAAAUAUUUCUAUUUGGAAAAUACCAUAGAAUCAGAUCAUGUGUUCUUUUGGUACGACGGCCGUGACAUUUCCUAUUUAGAUUGGCUCAAACAAAAUUGUGACAUGGAGAACGAGGCAUCAUUCUACCUCUGCCGCGACGAUAUGGGCACCGACUAUAUGACAAAGUGGGAAGUGAAAAGGUUUGGAUUCCACUUGUUAUGUGACAAAGUUGAGCUAAACAAAUGCAAUCCUUACAUAUGCAGAGAAGCCAAUUUUCUGGAGCAAUUAGAAGAAACAACAAAUGCCAACAAUAAGAAAAGCAGGGAAGACUUCUACUCCAGUAAUAUCAACGGCAACCAGGAGGUGGAAACACACCCUAAAAGAUUAAGGUAAAAUGCUCAGGAUGGGAUUAACUAUGACGCUACUAUGGUUCCUUCAAGUUCUUCAUGUGAAUUUGCUCCCAAAUUCUACAAAUUUCUUUGAAAUCCGUCCCUACUAAUUGUGGAGAACUAAGGCUUGCGGCUCUCUUUUCCUCAAGCUGCGUCGACGUCUUCCAAAUCUGGGCAUCAACUAUCUGAUCUGUCGAGUCUCAUUUGUUUUGGGCAUCAACUUUCUGAUCUGGCGAGUCUCACGAGCCCAUCUCUCGCGACUUCAGCGGCGUCUUCCAGACUCACUCUACGCCAACCUCGGCCUUCUCCAUCUUGCCAAAGCUCUAUGGUUUUUGUAGCCUCCAAUUUCUCCCUCUCUAGCACAAACUUAAUUAGCGACUACAAGUCUUCCAUUUCAGUUUAUGUUUUCAGAAGAAGAAUUGUACUGCUGAUUCUUUAGCACGUUGAAACUUGUGGCAUUGAAAUCAAGGCUCUUAUGUGAAAUUGCAUUCUGCAGCUCAUUGUGUUCAAUUCUGGCCUGAUCCUCCAAAUAAGAUAUUGAGUUUCCUCACAGCAGAUGCAGUGGUGGUGACUCUGUGUUAACUCAGGUUUCGAGCCUAUUCGUGUGACUAUAAUUGAGUUUCCUCACAGAAGAUGCACUCUAAUUUGGUCUCUUUGGAAAAACAGGAACGAAGCGCUUUGGAAUUCUAAUCAGAUUACAAGCUCUGCUUCCUCCUUCCUGAAUCAGUGAUUAGCUGCCCAAGUUAGUGACCAUCCAUCCCAUUUUGACUACUCUUCGACAGUUUCUGUGGCUGAUUUGUUGAAAUGGCACAAGCCUGCUUCGGGAUUCUUGAAAUGCAAUACAGAUGCUUCCUCCCGUCCGCAUCAUAACAAAAUUGAGCAGGUUAGGUUCUUUGUGAUUGGAUAGGACAGCUGCUUAAGGCUUGCUAAAUUGAGCUUCUUGGUCCACCUGAUCCGAAAAUCACUGAAGCUCUCUCUCUCCAAGAAGCUCUUAGCUUGAUUGAUGGAAGGGGCAUGCAUAUCACCUAAUUUAUUAACUUAUUCAACCUUGAUUGAAUGCUGAUGUUGUUCCUUAUCCUGCACUUAUAGAUGCCCAGUGCAAGAAUUUAUAAGUGAAAUCUGCUGUGACUUUAUUUGAUGAGAUGACUAAGCAGGGAAUCAAGCCUCAUGUUGUCACUUAUAAGGCAACUCAAGAAAAUUACAGUGGCAAGCAGGAAAUUUUGUCCAUCUUAAAUGCUUGCAGGUGUAUGGCGUGGCAUACAUACUUGUAAUGGCUUUCGCGAUGUAAUUUUAGAGUCUGGUUCUUUGCUGAUGGAUAUUCCCACGAGGCAAGUUCUUCAUCAAGGCCAGAGUAAGGAUGGCUUAUACACCAUGUCAUUGCAUUCCACUGGUUCUACCCCUCUUAUUGCUAAUAUUAGUACAAUAAGUACUUGGCAUGCUCAUUUAGGACAUGCUAAUUCUAGGCAUUUUCUUCAUUCAAAUAAGUUAUCAUUCAAUAAAGUUUAUUCUUUUUCAAAUCCAUGUAAUGCUUGUCAAAUUAGCAAAACUCAUAAAUUACCUUUCAGUGAUUCUGGCUCUCAAGUGAGCAAACCUUCGGAAUUGAUUUGCUUUCAUGUUCGGGGCCCUUCUUUGGUACCCUCAAUUGAAGGUCAUCGUUACUA